CAUAUGUCAUUAUUUGCUGUGUUCUUUCAUGAAUCAAAAACGGCAUCGCCACAUGCCACAGUUCAUUUUAUCUUGAUAUUUCAAAAAUUACAUAGAAUCAACAGAAAAUGAAACCUCUUAUGUUGCAAGGGCACGAACGUGCUAUCACCCAAAUUAAAUACAAUCGCGAAGGAGAUUUAUUAUUCUCCGCAGCAAAAGACUCUAAGCCAAAUGUGUGGUGGUCGCUGAAUGGGGAACGCCUUGGUACCUUUAAUGGACAUGGUGGUGUAGUUUGGUGUUUGGAUGUCGAUUGGCAGUCAAUUCACCUUAUCACCGGUGGUGGUGACAGUUCAUGCAGGUUGUGGGAUCUCGAGACUGGUAAAAACAUAGCAACAAUUAAAUCAAAUUCUUCUGUGAGAACCUGUAAUUUCAGCUUUAGUGCUAAUCAGGCCGCCUACACCACUGAUAAGGCUAUGGGUCAUCUCUGUGAAGUAUUCAUAAUUGAUACAAGAACUGUCGAUGACUCACUUUCAACUCAAGAUCCAAUUUUGAAGUGGGAAAUUACCGACUCGAAGGUCACAUCAAUGUUAUGGGGAUGCGGAGAUGAGACUAUCAUUACAGGUCAUGAAGCUGGUGAUCUUAUCCAGUGGGACUUAAGAACUGGCAAGAAAAUUCACUCCGUAAAAGAACAUACACACCAAAUCAAUGACAUGCAACUUUCUCGUGAUGGCACCAUGUUUAUUACUGCAUCAAAAGAUCAGACCGCAAAGCUUUUUGAUACAAACUCCUUGGAACUCCUUAAAGAAUACAAAACUGAGCGUCCGGUCAACUCAGCUGCUCUCAGCCCUAUUCUGGAUCAUGUUGUACUUGGUGGUGGUCAAGAUGCCAUGGAAGUAACUACCACAUCAACCAGGCAGGGCAAAUUCGACGCUCGUUUCUUCCAUUUAGUUUUUGAAGAAGAAUUUGGACGUGUCAAAGGACAUUUCGGACCGAUCAACAGUUUAGCAUUCCAUCCCGACGGUAAGAGUUAUGCAUCUGGAGGUGAAGACGGUUAUGUACGCGUACAGAGUUUUGAUCAGUCUUACUUCGAUUAUACCUUCGACUACAAUAGAGAUUAAACUUUAAAUAGACUCAAUUUAUUAACUGAAAACUGUUUGUCGAUUUUUACUGGAAAGUAUUGCAAAUAAAAUAACAAAUUUGUUUACUAGAUCAACGCAUUCUCAUACAAUUUCUCAUAAAAUAAAAAUAAAGUAUUUUAUCAAG